AUGACUCUCAACAACUUCACCAACCCGCCCCCUUCUGUGCCCAACGUCAUCCUCUCCUUCCCCCGCUUUCACGUCCUCCUCGUCACCCUCAACCGGCCCAAGCAGCUCAACGCCAUCCCGCGAGGCCUGCACGCCAAGCUGGACGCCCUCUGGAACUGGUACGACGCCGAACCGACCCUCCGCUGUGCCGUCGUCACCGGCAGCGGACGUGCCUUCUCCGCAGGCGCCGACCUCAAAGAAUGGAACGACAGGAACGAGCAGAACAUCUCUGCCGGUAGUGACCGCGACCGCACCUGGGAGGACAGUGGUUUCGGCGGCCUUAGUAACCGCCGCGGCAAGAAACCCAUCAUCGCCGCGGUGAACGGCCUCUGUCUCGGCGGGGGGAUGGAGAGGAUGCUCAACGUGGACAUGGUUAUUUCGGCGCCCGACGCCAAGUUUGCCCUUCCCGAGGUUACGAGGGGCGUGGUCGCGGGUGCCGGUGCGCUGCCGAGGCUGACGAGGACCGUGGGCAGGCAGAGGGCGUCGGAGAUGGCGCUGCUGGGGAGGAUGCACCCGGCGCAGCAGAUGCUGGAGUGGGGGGUCGUGAACAGGAUCGUCAGGGCCAAGGGGGAGCAUGCUGUUGUCGAGGAGGCGCUGAGCUGGGCGACCGACGUGGCGUGCAACUCGCCCGACUCUGUCAUUGUCAGCAGAGAGGGUCUGCUGGGCGGGUGGGAGGCGGAGGACCCGAGGGCGAGCACCAAGAGGAUCGACCGGGGGAUUUUCAAGAGGAUGGAGGAUACCGGCCUCUGUCUCGGCGGGGCGAUGGAGAUGAUUCUCAACGUGGACAUGGUUAUUUCGGCGCCCGACGCCAAGUUUGCCCUUCCCGAGGUUACGAGGGGCGUGGUCGCGGGUGCCGGUGCGCUGCCGAGGCUGACGAGGACCGUGGGCAGGCAGAGGGCGUCGGAGAUGGCGCUGCUGGGGAGGAUGCACCCGGCGCAGCAGAUGCUGGAGUGGGGGGUCGUGAACAGGAUCGUCAGGGCCAAGGGGGAGCAUGCUGUUGUCGAGGAGGCGCUGAGCUGGGCGACCGACGUGGCGUGCAACUCGCCCGACUCUGUCAUUGUCAGCAGAGAGGGUCUGCUGGGCGGGUGGGAGGCGGAGGACCCGAGGGCGAGCACCAAGAGGAUCGACCGGGGGAUUUUCAAGAGGAUGGAUGGCGGGGAGAACAUGAAGGAGGGGGUGUUGAGUUUUGUGGAGAGGAGGAAGGCCGAGUGGAAGGAUAGCAAGUUGUGA